AUGCGCCUCUCUAACAUGACAGAAUCUUUGGGCAGGGCUGUGCCUCUGUCGGUGGACUUCAGUAAACCCGAAGAUUAUUUCAUCUUCAUUUUCCAGAUUUUAUUUGCCACAACUACUGUUACGACAGCUGGAACAGUAGUCAUCGGCAUCUUGUCCACCAGAGCUCUGCGCAUUCAAAACAGAUUUAUUUUCAUGUUAAACACUAGUAUUGCUGACACGCUCAUCGGGUUUUCAGUGUAUUAUCUCGGUCUGUUCGAUGUCGAUUUGUCUAAAAACAGAACCUACUCUGUUUUAUCUUCCCUUUUAGGCAUCAAUGUAUUAACGUUUAUGUUCGCGCAAUUUGACCGCUAUUUUGCUGUGUGCCACCCAUUUAUCUACAGCCGCUUCGUAACGAGACAAUGUGUGAUAUGCAUUAAUGUUUACAGCUGGGUUUACACUUAUGGCCACUUGAUCAUCAGGAAUAUGCUACCCCUUUAUCAAGCUAUACAAAUGUAUUUAUUCACCAUUCUCGUGUUUCAAAUCAUAGUGCUUGUCAAAGUGGCCAUGACAUUGAAAUUGUAUCUCAUUGCGAGGUACCAGCUUGAAAGAGAUCCUCCCAGCGCCGAGAAAGAAAGCAAGAAGGAAUCUUUGAGAAUAAUCAUUUUUGUUGUCAUAAGCUUCUUGGCGUUGUGGUCUCCAGCUUUAGUGAAUAUUACAAUUAAAUUAAUGACUGGAGGAGGUUUGAAUUUUAGAAAUGAGGGCACCAAUUUGUUCGCCAUCAUGGCUCGUUUCAAUGCCUUGUUCACACCAUCUCUGUACAUCUGGGGGAGUCCGGCUCUGAGAGAAGCCGCGAUAAAGACUGUGUGGGGGAAAGUGUGCCCUAAAUGCAGCAGGAGGUAA